AUGGCGUUCGCGGCUCAACACGGCGCCAUGACGGUGCCUGAUGAGUCCGUUGCUGAGAAUGCUCGCGAUAGGUGCUUACGUCUAAUCCAAACCCGCGCCCAAGAUAUGACGGCACGGCUUAUUAAGGGUGAUGACUUGAACGACCAUGGCGACGUGGUUGAUGCAGAAUGGAUGCUGGCUUCGAUUCUCAUCAUGUGCAACUACGAGAAUGCCCGUCGCCGCCUCCAAAUCGCCGAUGAUCACAGACGUGCGGCAAGGACGAUUGUCAAACUUUUCAAAUGCCAGAGCUCAAUCAACAACCGAGAUCUGUUUGCGUUCUUGCGAAAUCAACUAGCUAUAGAUGAUGUACUGGCAGCUACGACAUCGUGUGACCUGCCCCUCAUACGCAACGCCGUCACACCAGCACCUGGCUCAGAGCAUCUCCUGUUUUCGAGGUAUCUGACUUUCUUGCACCGCAUCACGCUCGUUUCGGCAGAUGCUGUUGAUUCUCAUCCUUCAAUAUCGCACUUACGCAGCGGCCUCACGAUGCCUCUCAUCCAAUCCGAGUUUGAGCAGGCAAGAGGCGCCACGUUGAUGGCGGCCGGACGACUCGGACUGGCAGGAUCAAGCAUGUCUCUUGACUUCAUACGCUUAGUCGAGGUUUAUCAUAACGCGGGGCUACUUUACUCGUUAAGGUGCCUCGAUUACGCCACCGAGCACGCCUCGGAGCGCAUUGUGGCCGUUGCCAGUCUGUUCGACCAACUGACUGGAUUCAAGGACCUAGCUGCCUUCGUUCAGAAUCUAGCCUGGCCGACGUUCAUUGCCGGUACCGAAUGCCAUGGAGAUCGGCAUCGACAAGAAAUCAUUGCGGGUUUGCUCAUGGAAAUUCAUGAGGGCACGCGUUUCAGUUAUUACUUGGACGCGGUGAACUUUCUCAAGGAGUUCUGGGCCGGAGAAGAUAACGACUGGCGUCCUCUCGCUCGUAUGAGAGAAGCCAUAGGGCAGCGAGUCCUUGUGGUAUGA